CUAUCUCUUUAUCCAACACAUAUUUCUGUUCUCUUCCACCAAAAUAACUGUCAUAUUGUGGCUCAAUUUUGAGUGUUCUCAACUCAGAAAAGAGUGAAGAAAAACACAACAAAAAUGGCAGCUUCAUUACAAGCAUCAACAACCUUUUUACAACCCACAAAAGUUGCUUCAAGGAACACUCUUCAACUUAGGUCUACUCAAAAUGUGUGCAAGGCUUUUGGUGUAGAGUCUGCAUCAUCUGGUGGUAGACUCUCUCUUUCACUUCAAUCUGAUCUUAAGGAGUUGGCUAACAAGUGUGUUGAUGCCACUAAGCUUGCCGGUCUCGCUCUCGCUACCUCCGCUCUUAUCGCCUCGGGGGCAAAUGCCGAGGGAGGUAAGAGAUUGACCUACGACGAGAUCCAGAGCAAGACAUACCUCGAAGUCAAAGGAACUGGAACAGCCAACCAAUGCCCAACAGUCGAAGGAGGAGUCGACUCCUUUGCCUUCAAACCCGGGAAGUACACUGCCAAGAAGUUCUGCCUCGAACCAACCAAAUUCGCUGUCAAAGCCGAAGGAAUCAGCAAAAACUCAGGACCAGACUUCCAAAACACCAAGCUCAUGACCCGUUUAACCUACACCCUCGACGAGAUCGAGGGACCCUUUGAGGUCUCGUCCGAUGGCACGGUCAAGUUUGAGGAGAAAGACGGUAUUGACUACGCUGCAGUCACGGUCCAGCUCCCUGGUGGGGAGCGUGUCCCGUUCUUGUUCACCAUCAAGCAACUUGUUGCAUCAGGGAAACCUGAGAGUUUCAGUGGUGACUUCCUAGUCCCGUCUUACCGUGGAUCCUCGUUCCUUGACCCAAAGGGCCGAGGUGGGUCCACCGGGUAUGACAACGCUGUUGCGUUGCCUGCCGGUGGGAGAGGAGACGAGGAGGAACUUCAGAAGGAAAACAACAAGAAUGUUGCUUCCUCAAAGGGGACAAUCACCUUGAGUGUCACCUCGAGUAAGCCGGAAACCGGUGAGGUUAUCGGAGUUUUCCAGAGUCUUCAGCCGUCGGACACUGACUUGGGUGCUAAGGUACCCAAAGAUGUGAAGAUUGAGGGUGUUUGGUAUGCACAACUUGAGCAAUAAAAGGGUAAAAUUUCUGUAUGAAUGUACUGAUUUUUCAGCUCUUUUUGUUGUAAGGAUUUCUUGAGACUCUUUAAGGAGGAACUUAUAAAUGAUCAUUACCUUGCUUGUA